AGAGCCUCAAGCUCAAAUCUUCUCUGUGAAACCCUCCUUCAAUCUUCCGCGCCCGAUGGCAUCCUUCCCCUCCGAUGAUACUUUCUCCCGACGUGAAUCGUAUUCCGACCAUACCGAUGUAGCUUCAACGGCGGUGGAGGAAACCCAAACGCCAAUCGGGCCUCCCACCCACCUCUCCUUCAACCAGGACGCUAGCUGCUUCACUGUCUGCACCGAUAGUGGCUUCUACGUCUUCAGCACCGACCCAAUGCGUCGCAGCAUCAGCCGCGAAUUCGGAAAGCGGAGAGGCCUCGGGCUUGUCGCCAUGUUCUUCCAAAGCAACUUAUUUGUGCUUGUCGGUGGGGGCUCUGCUCCGCUCUCCCCACCCACAAAGGCCUUCCUCUGGGACGAUCGCCUCAAUGGUUACGUUGGAGAACUCACCUUCCGCUCUCAUAUCCGCUCACUCCGCCUUCUACACGGCUGCGUAAUCGUAGUCCUGCUUCAAAAAAUUUAUAUUUACAACCUUUCGAACUUCAAAUUAUCCCAUCAAGUGGAGACUGUGUGCAAUCCCAAGGGCUUGUGUGAGGUCUCUCAUGCAGCCGGGCCGAAGUUGAUGGUCUGCCCGGGGCUGCAGAAGGGUCAGGUGAGAGUGGAGCAUUAUGGGUUACGGAAGACGAAGUUCAUAAACGCCCAUAAUUCCCCUAUCGCCUGCUUAGCUCUGACCGGUGACGGCAGAGUCCUGGCCACUGCAAGCAGUAAGGGAACUUUAAUCAGGGUUUUUAACUCGUUGGAUGGAACUCUGCUCCAGGAGCUAAGGAGAGGUGCAGACCAAGCAGAGAUUUAUAGCCUUGCUUUCUCUUCUCCUGCACACUGGCUAGCCGUCUCAAGCAACAAAGGAACUGUCCAUAUCUUCAGGCUUAAGUUUGAUUCAGAAUCUUUGUUGAAUGAUGGAUCAAACAAUCCACCUGUUUCAAAUCUUUCUAAACAAUCUGCUGUCUCAUCUUUCUCAAUGCUAAAGGGUGCAUUGCCAAAGUAUUUCAGCUCAGAAUGGUCGGUGGCUAGAUUCUGGUUGCCUGAAGGUUUGAAGCACCUUGUUGCUUUUGGCAAGCAAAAGAACACAAUUGUCAUUAUAGGCAUGGACGGGAGGUAAUUGUGAUUUGUGUAGUGUAGCAUUAACUACUUGUCUUCUUUACUUCUUUAGAACUGAUGACUUUCUUACUUUUCUUAAAUAUUAAGCCAUAAUGAACUGCUGGUUACCAACUCUAUGAUACUUUACCAGUUAGUCUUUAGAAAUUUUAAAUGUUAAAUCAUACUAUAAUCCUCCAAAGAAGGGGGCUGAGAAUAAUUAACAAAUCAAUGAGUCUUGAAACCCUUCUCCAUUUUGAAAGAAUCAAGCUGGUGGUUUUUAGUUGGCACUAGAAUUCUGUAAUCCAGUAUACUCUGUUUCUUAUGUGGAUGCUAUACCACCGAUGGCCUUGAUCCUUUUUCUUCACUCUGUUGCCCCCUCCUUACCUGUCCAAAUAUCUAAUUAACUUUGUUUUAUUGAGUUGAAAAUGCAGCUUCUAUCGAUGCAAGUUUGAUCCUGAAAGAGGUGGUAACAUGACUCAGCUAGAACAUCACAAUUUCCUGGUAGCCAGUUAGAAAUUUAUGAAGUCAAUCCAGGAUGGUUCACAUUUUUGGGAGAUGAUUUCAUGAUAAAGUUACACAUUAGACCUAUUGGAGAGUAGAAUCAGUUAUAAAUAUCCAAGUAAAUGAACAUUACUUAAAGCUGUUGGUAAAUAUAUCUGAAUUUUUAUAUAUUGGUGAUGGUUGUUGGUAAAUAUAUCCGAAUAUUUAUA